CGUCUGUGUGAGCAGGCUGACUGAGGAGCUGCUCUGAUGGAGUCAGAAGAAUCCGUUUAUGUCAACCUGCAGGAGCUGCGUGAGAUUCGGGGAAAAACUGAACACCAAGGACCAGAGGAAACCAAAACCAAAGCAGUGGGAACACGCUCUGAGGCUGAAGAGGAAACUGAAACUCGGUCACCUCUGAAGGGGGUAUCAGUCUGUCUGGGGCUGCUGUGCUUCCUGCUGCUGACCGCAGUCAUUGCAGUCGCUGUGAAAUAUGACACAGUCUUCAGUGAGCUUUCCAGAGAACUGGCCAAUCACACGGCUGAGAAACACCAGCUGCUGACCAGAAACCAGAACCUGACUGAUGAGAGAGAGCAGUUACAAACCAGUUUAAAGGAGGCAGCCGUGGAGCUGAGCAGAACUGUGAAUAACAUCGGUGAGGACCCGUCUCACACUGAUGACCUCAUGGACCCGUCAAAGGAGUUUGUCCUUAUGGAUGGAAGAAGUUUGGCUGCAGCUGUUUGGCUGCAGCUGCAGCAGUGCUUAAACCAAGGAGCAAACCUGGUGAUCAUUACCAGCUGGAAGGAAAUGGUGUUUCUAAAUCAACUCGGAGCUCAUUUGAAGUUUUGGAUUGGUUUAAGUAAAUCAUCUGGAGGUUCAUGGACGUGGACUGAUGGAAGACAUACAGGAACCACGUACUGGAAAUAUACAUUGUCAUAUUAUCCCUCCAGAGAGACUCAGGAGUGUGCAGCUUUUAACAGCUUUCACGCUGGCCAGCGGGACUCAUGGAGCGGAGAGACCUGUACUCAGUACCUGCAGUGGGUCUGUGAGAAGGAAACGGUCCCCUCUGGCUGA